CAUUUUAUUGUAGGGCUGUUGUCAUCAUACAAUGCUUUGUUUUGCAAUCAACUGUGGUCAUUUAUAUAUUUAUUUUUACAUUUUAAGCUUAUCUGUCAAGCACGCGGAAAAAACAGCGUUUAUUUAAACCAAAGUUGCAAAUCAAUGGAAUAUCAAUACACGUUCUGACAGAGAGAGUCGUGUCUCUGCACUGUGACUGAGACCUCAGUCACAUACAUGAAAACACUGCCCUCCUGCGGUGAGCUCUGACGCACUUAACACACGGGACGAUUAAAGUCCCUCCGUGACAUCAUAAAUAACAACAAUGGGAUUUUAAUUGGAGGUUUUAUCUAUUUCGACCCUAAACUCGGCCAGCUGUGGUGCAUUCACGACUGUGGUGUGCACUCUCCACACCCUCCACACCCUCGUGACCAAAGUCAUAUUUAAAAACCCUCACAUAGACAUAGACCUUUCCCCCCCUUUUUUUGUUUGUUCCUCAUUGAUCCUUGGAGUGGAGCAUUUGCACAUCAACACGACUCCAAGCGUCUCACUGGAUUGCGCCAGAAAAAUCCCGCACAGCUCUUCCUCUUCCUCUUCAUCACCACCACCACCACCACCACCAGAAGAAACCAGCUUUGACCGGCAUCGGUGUUUUUACUUAUCAGUUUACAUUUGUGCUCUGGAGAAUUUCCCUGCCGCGGGGUUUUUAACAGCCGCUCCAAGCAGCGGGCGCUCCACGGCUGUGUGUGCGUGUGCGCCUCCAUUUCCAAGCAAUACGCAAAGAGAGAGAGAGAGAGAGAGAGAGAGAAAGAGAGAGACGGACUGUGUGUGAGAGAAAACACCUCUGGAAAUUUUGGGAUAAUGUUACGGAAGCUGCAGCAGUGAGGAAAUAUAGGGAAUCUUGAUUUUAUUGAUAUAUUUUUUUUACUCUUGUUUUCUGCUGCGUGCAGCCACAAAGACAGACACGUGUGCUGGGGGGUAAACAGAGCAGGGGCUGGAUCGUGUCUGCAGAUUACACUGUUUUCCUCUCCGUCCAAUUGUUGGUGGAGGGAGAGCGACUCCAAGCCUGGACGACGCUGCUUGAACGUUCGUGGAUUUUCUUUGCUGCAGCUUUAUCUCCCGGUGACGAUCCAUUUUGGAGAGAUGUCGGAAGUGCUGCCAUUCAACGAGGAGAAAAUGAGCCAUUAUGGAAACGAGGGCGACGAGGGACACCUCUCCUUCACCUGUCGCCUUCAAGACACCAACAACUUCUUCAACGGCUCGCAGAACAAACGUCCGCCUAAACUGGGACAGAUAGGCAGGAGCAAACGGGUUGUGAUCGAGGAUGAGAACGGCGACGACGAAGCACUGAAAAAUGGAACAGAGAAGACCCUUUCCCCCCCGCCCCUCCCGCCCCCCUAAAGACUCUCUUUGACAAAAUAAUUUUUUAUGGCGAUAUUUACUAGUUUAAAUCCAAAGACACUGUAAAUAAGCACUUUCUCACAUUUGGCAGCAAGCAGCACUUCCACGCCCUCUUCUUCCUGUCAGUCAGGGCCACCCGGGUGAAUAUGUAAUACUGGCAGGAGAUGUAGGGAAUAGGCAGCGAAGGAUACCUUCAGUUGGACCCCGUCACCCCCUCCCACACACACACACACACAGCACUUCAAGUCACACACACACAUACAGAAAAUACCCCAUGCCCUUGACGACAGGGUUUUGCCAUAAAUCCCAAAGUGGAGAAGACAAGGCGGUGGUGGUGGUGGAGGUGGUGAGGCGGGGGUCGAUGUGGAGGAAGGAGGCAACGCUGUCAAAAUGCAGAAAUCAGGGACAGGAUAAAGAAGUGAAUUUAAUACAAAUACUAAAGCACACGACUUCUCCUACAGUAUAUCUUAUAAAUCUAACCUACAGUACCGUUCUUUGUUCUCUUCAUUUCGAUCAAGAGAAAACAGACAGUGUUUGUACAUAUGGAAAGGGUAGCCCUAUAUUUUCUUGCACAAAGUGGGAAUCAGAAAACCGCCUCGUUCUCUGUGUUGAAGACUUUAUUUAUCGAGCCUCCGGAUAAAUGUCCUUUGGCAGCGACCUGAGGUCCGAGGGAGUAUUUUUUUCGUACGUCAAGAGAACCCGGAGCGAAUGAGAGUGGUAUUUUUUUCACUUUAAAGAGUACUCGAUGUUGCCUGAGUGUUUUUUGUUACCAUAUUUUGCAGCUAAUGACUCAUUUAUAUACAGUGUACCUCUCAUCUGUUUGUAAGCUUCCCAGGCUUUCACCUGGAGUGGUUGAUACUGUAACUUGACUUUACACAUCCUAUUGAUAAACUAUUUAUAUUUGCAUUGUGCAUUACUGUGUGUGUGCCAAACCUCAUAAGGGAUUUACUGUACCAGAUUUACUUGUUCUUUUAUUUUUUUGUGCUUUAUACAUUUUACUUGGACUGUUCAGUUGUUGGGUUGCCAUUUUUAGGGCUCUUUCUUAAAAAGAAAAAAAAAACAACACAGAGAUACCAACUCAUGCAUGGCAAAUAUAAAAUCAUGCAUGCACAGCAGAACUUCUGAAACUUGUGUAUUCCUGAAGCACCUCGUAUACAGCUUUGAAUGACAAAAACCUCGAGAAACAGUCUUAAUUCUGCAUUGUACUGUACGAUUCACACUGGUUUGUACAGUGGUCUAAUAUCUUGUAAUAAAGAUUGAACAAAGUACUAUUUAA